CCUUCCAUUUUCCCCAUCUCCAUAUAUCGCCGGCCCUGGCCUCACGCCUUGACCUGUAUAUAAAGCCCCGCCACCCUUGGCCCCUGCUGGAUAAGUUGUGCGCUAGCUCCUCGUAUAUAUAUACUCCAUCACGCACACGAUCCUGCAUCGAGAGAUGUCGAGCGUCGCCGGAGGCGUGGUUGGGACGGAUGCGGCGACGGCCGGCGGCGGUGGCGUGGUGCCGCUGCACGUCCUGGCGGUGGACGAUAGCUCGGUCGACCGCGCCGUCAUCGCCGGCAUCCUUCGGAGCUCUCGGUUUCGUGUGACGGCCGUGGAUAGCGGGAAGAGGGCGCUGGAGCUGUUAGGAUUGGAGCCCAACGUGAGCAUGAUAAUUACGGAUUACUGGAUGCCGGAGAUGACGGGAUACGAACUCCUGAAGAAGGUCAAGGAGUCAUCCAAGCUGAAGCAGAUCCCCGUGGUGAUCAUGUCCUCCGAGAACGUGCCUACAAGAAUCAGCAGAUGCUUGGAGGAAGGCGCAGAAGAUUUCUUGGUGAAGCCCGUCCGCCCGUCUGACGUGUCGCGGGUCUUCAGCCGCGUGCUCCCAUGAGAGCUGAUGAGCACCGGCGGGCGGCGGCGGCAUUGGUGACUGCGGCGACAUGAUUUAAAGCAUGCAUGCUUUCUUUUGGAUGAUCCUGUGGUCGAGAACAUCCAUAUUCCUCGUGAACAGCUGCGAGACUGUAGUCUGUAGGUGGCUUUCCUUUUGGUGUCGAUUUCUUCAGCUUUUCUCCAGAAGCAGUAGUCCUCUGGCAAUAACUUGGGUGGUGGCUUCUCCUUGUUUUAGUGCUCUGUUUGCUUUUGGUCGUAGAAAUGGAAGGCAGUGGCAAUUAAUGCAGUUUCUUAAUUUACCUUGUCUAA